CCCGAAAUAAGACAGAGUUCACAUCAAUUUUCAACCUGAGUACUCAUCCAGCACGUGGAAUUUGCAACCACCAGCGCAUCUUCCCUCGUGCAUAUAAGAGGUACCGUGGUCAAGCCUGAAUGGGUGAAGCGUUCCGCAAACACCACUCUCAACUCCGCCAUGUCGCUACUCUGUGCGUCGGGGUCCCUCAAGCUCGUGCACUUCGAUCUCAGUCUCGCUACACUGUUUUCUGUUUUAUCGGACCGCGAACUCAACAGCAAGGGAAAAAUGGUGAUGGACGCCCCAGUCGAUGUCGCUUAUAGCACAGAAUAUCUUCGCCAAACCCACGUCGCCAUCAUCCCGUCAAUUCUGGGCCUGAAACUUAGCAGGUCCUUGGAGACGAUUCAAAUUACCUGGAAGGACUUUGAUAAAGCGGCUUGUGCGAACAGCAACCAUCGAUUCGACUAUCUGACAACGAAUCGAGAUAGGUUGGAGGCCGGCUCAACGCAUUUGCUUCGUCGGGCUAUGGUGAAUUGCAAGGUCGUCGUCAAGCCGGAUACCACUAUGCCAAAGGCAGAAUAGGUAGAGAUCGGGAAGCACUUUUCAUACAAGCUCUACAUAGUAGAGCAAAUGCUCAGAGCAUCACAUUCAUGAUAUCGCAAGACUCUCAAAGAUAUCAAGGUAGUGCCUUUCGGAUUAGCAUAGCCUGAAUAUCAGUGUUGCGAGUAGUUUGAUUUGGCGAAGUUCCUCAUGGUCUGCCUGCAGUUUCAUUACAAUGCCACUAUAACCAAUCGUCCUCAAAUGCAUUUUGUGGAUGCGCUUCGCUUGGCUUCCCUCAGUUCUCUCUCAAUUGCCUAAAUGAGAUAUAAGAUUUCUCACCGCCAAAUAUAGUCUCCCGC